GAUUCUGUAUGAUUGUGCACAAAAUUUGUCAGCAUGAGGUUUGUUUCUCUUCUGUUGCUUUUGGUGUGUCUGGUUGUUGCAAGCCAGGCUCAACGCUAUGGAGGCGGCCGUGGCGGUGGACGCUAUGGAGGUGGAGGUGGAGGUGGUCCAUACGGAGCCGGUCCUUAUGGGGGAGGUCGUGGAGGUCCUUAUGGUGGUGGUGGUGGUGGUCGUUAUGGUGGUGGUGGUGGUGGUGGCCGUUACGGUGGUGGUGGUGGUAGAGGACCUUACGGUGGUGGCGGAGGCGGUGGGUAUGGGCGGUAAAUAAUUUUAAGCGAAUUGUCGCAAGUUUGCUAUAACAUAAACGAAAUACUUAACUGGAACAUUGUGUUUAGCGUUUAAAAUAAAAAAAUGUAUC